UGAACGUACUGGUUUCCUUGAACAAUUUCUUAUUUGAAGACCUAAAUACCUGAAUUUCUAGAGCUUCCCUAGGACCCUAUCCUUAAUUUCCUUCUCCAAGAUCGAGCUUCUUGCUUCGUUAUUUUCGAUAUGUGACUUCAAAUUCAAAACAAUCUACUGGGAGUUGUGAAUUCUGAUGGGCAACGAGUAAUAAUCCUGAUUUUGUUAGGCUUGAGAUCUAAAUUUGUACAAUCAUUUUUCAAAAAUGAAGAGAUUGACAUCUAGGAAGUCGCACUCAUGGUGGUGGGACAGUCAUAUCAGUCCGAAAAACUCCAAAUGGUUAUCUGAAAAUCUUGAAAAGAUGGAUCGCUUAGUAAAGGAAAUGCUGAAACUGAUUGAAGAAGAAGGGGAUACUUUUGCCAAAAAGGCUGAAAUGUACUAUCGACGGCGUCCUGAGCUGAUCUCUCGUGUUGAGGAUUUUUAUCGUAUGUAUCGCGCGCUUGCUGAGCGCUAUGAUAUUUUAACUGGCGAACUGCGCAAGAAUAUCCCCUCUGAUCUCCAAUCUCAGGGUUCUGGCAAUUGUUCUGACUUUGGUACAGAACCAGCUUCGCCAUCCUUUUCUUUGUCUCCUGAUCAAACUCCAGAGCGCAAGCAGAAACUUCCCAAGCCGUUAAGGAGAGCUGCUGGCUUUGAUGUCUUCCUUGGCUCCACGACCAGCUCCGAUUUUUCUCGAAAGGGAUCUGAUGAUUCAUCAUCCGCAUCAUCAUCAGAUUCUGGUUCUGAAUCUGAGGAUGGAAAGAUUGUGGAUGCAUUUGAGAACACUUCUGGUCUCAAUGCUCGUAUAAUUCAAUUAGAAGACCAGCUUCGUGAAGUUAGGGAGAAGCUUAAGGAUUAUGAGAAAGGUUCCAAUGGCCAGUGCGUUCAUGACGCGAAGGAUGAAAUUCCAGCAGUUGUAGAAGUGGAGGCUAAGCUCCAUCCUGAAUCAAUGGACAAAACGCCCGUUUCAGAAACGGAGAUAUGUAACCAUAAAUCUGAAAUAAAGUCUCUGAAGGAAGCAAUGGAGGCAGCUGCUAAGCAAUUUGAGGCUGAAAUUUCACUCAAGGAUCAUACCAUUGAGGAGUACAAAACGCAGCUUGAUGCAGCAAUGAGCAAAUUCAUCCAGGAAAAAUCGACUCUUGAAGGUGAGCUCAAAAGCAGCAUAGCUGGUCUUGAACUGGAGGCUAAACAACUUUCAGAGAAAAAAUCUAGCCUUGAAAUUAGAAUUUUGGAGCAGGAGCAAAUGAUCAAUGAUUUGAAGGUCAUGUUGGCUGAAUCUUCUGAAAAGUCUUUACAUGAGAAGUCUAUACUGGAAUCUAAAGUUUGCAGCCUGAUGGAAUCGGAGAAAAUCCUUGCAUCCAAGCUUCGAGCUUUAGAUGCUGUACAAGUAGAAAGUGAGAGGCUUUCUGAAUCAGAGGAUAAAAGGGCUGCUUUAGAAGCAGAGAUAUCAAAUCAUAAAGGUGAAAUAAAGCGUCUCAAGGAAGCAAUGGAGGCCGCUGCUAAGCAAUAUGAGGCUGAAAUUUCAGUUAAAGAGCAUAGAAUUGAGGAGUACAAAACACAGCUUGAUGCAACAAUAAACAAAUUCAUGCUGGAAAAAUCGACUCUUGAAAUCAGAAUUUUGGUGCUGGAGCAGAAGAUUAAGGAAUUGAAGGUUAUGUCAACUGAAUCUGUUGAAAAGCUUCUUCAUGAGAAGAAUUUGCUGGAAUCUAAAGUCUGCAGCUUGAUGGACUCUGUAAACAUCCAUGAAUCCAAACUACAAGCUUUACAAGCAGAAUUUGAGCUGCAUCCUGAAUCUGAGGAUAGAACGGUAGUUUUAGAAGCAGAGAUAUCAAAUCAUAAAGGUGAAAUAAAGUGUCUUAAGGAAGCAAUGGAAGCUGCUGUCAAGCAAUUUGAGGGUGAAAUUUCCAUGAAGGAUCACACCAUUGAGGAGUACAAAACACAGCUUGAUGAAGCAAUGAACAAAUUCAUGCUGCAAAAUUCUACUCUUGAAGCUGAGCUCAAAAGAAGCAUAGCUGAUCUUAAACUGGAGGCCAAGCAACUUUCAGAGAAGAAUUCUAGCCUUGAAAUUAUAAUUUUGAAGCAGGAGCAAGUGAUUAAGGAAUUGAAGGUAAUGUCAACAGAAUCUUCUGAAAAGCUUCUACAAGAGAAAUCUAUACUGGAAUCUAAGGUUUCCAGCCUAAUGGACUCGAAGAUUAUCUACGCAUCUAAGCUUCAAGCUUUGGAAGAUCGGAUAAGAGAUUUAGAACUGGAGAAGAUGGAAGCAUUGAAUGUGAGUGCAAAACGCAUUGAUGAACUGAAUCAAAGCCUGGAUGGAUCUAAGCUGAAAAUCGACAUGCUUACAUCAGAGAAAGAUGAGCUCAAUUGUAGAGUGAGCAGGCUCAUGGAUGAUACAAAAUGCAGGGAUGACAAUCUUCGUAGUAUGGCGGAUCACCUGCAUCAGUUGCAUAUCGAGCAUGUAAAUCUUAUAAAAGAAAUUGAGGAAGGAAGGAAGAACUCUGUGGUGCUGAUGAAACGAGUGAGGGAGCUUGAGGAGGACGUGGAAAGGCAAAAAGUUAUCAUCUUAGAUGGUGCAGAGGGGAAGAGGGAGGCUAUAAGGCAGCUGUGCUUCUCUCUGGACCAUUAUCGUGAUGGGUACCAGAAGCUCAGGCAAAUGCUGCAGGGACACACCAAGAGGGUCGCAGUCAUGGCAACCUGAUUUCCAUAUCAAUUUUCAAGGUAAUAGUCAUUGUAAGAUAUAUCAGCUGCUGUGCUUCUCAUUUUAGAGCUUUUGUUGUUUCUUCUAGCUAUGUAGUGUUAUGCUGAUUGAGUUCCGGGGAGUAGGAAUUUGGUGCUUCUGAGAGUGUAGGGUUUCGUUUGGGACGACUUUUUUUUAUUGAAUUUUAAAGCAGCUUUUUAGUAUAAAAGUUAAAAUUUUAUACUAAAAAGCUGCUUUAAGAAGCAGUAAGAAAGCCGUCCUAAACUAAGCCUAAAAGUAGGUGACAACGCACUUUCCAUGUAUUGUCAGUGAUCUAAAAUGUUCGCUAUUAGCAAUCCUGCAAGUGAGGGGGCAUAUUACUAUUGCCAAUAUUUGCCUUCUUUGAUGUAAAAAUAGUUGAAUCAUGUUGAAGCUUGGAAAAUAAUCUUAGAAGUUGCUAAGAUGAUCUAGAAUUUUUGGA